AUGGAUAGCUUUAUGAGUAGUAAACCGGAAGUUGUACCAGCAGCUGUGUGCAGCUCAUCAGAGGGGUUGAAAGUUAAUGCAGAUAAGGUUUUAACACCCCAAGCAUUCUCAAUUAAUACUCUAAUUCCUGUAGUAGAAAGGUUUCCUGUCGUACAACAUAUUGUCAAUUUACAAGCUCUUGAUACUGAGUGGAAAGAUCUAGGACUCUUAGAUCAUACUUUUAAAAAUGUUGGUGACAUUGAAGAAUAUUGGUAUAAAGUAUUUGAUUUAAAAAAUUCUGCAGGCAAUAACUUGUUUCCCAAUUUAACUGCCGUUAUUGUUGCUUGUCCUACCAUUUUCAAAUGUAUCUGUAGAACGUAUAUUUAG